AUGCUCUCGCUCUCACGAACACGCCUCUCGCGAUCGGUUGGCAAGAAUUUGUUAAAGAGGAAUUAUGUAGUUGCCUCGCAGACUCAUAGGGCUAGUGAAGCUCCUAACUUUGGUCAACAUAAAGGUUAUCCAGUGAUUGAUCAUGAAUUUGAUGCUGUAGUUGUUGGUGCGGGUGGUGCAGGUUUAAGAGCAGCUUUCGGAUUAGCCGAAGGAGGUCUCAAGACAGCAUGUAUAACCAAACUUUUCCCUACCCGAUCUCACACCGUAGCUGCUCAAGGUGGUGUGAAUGCUGCGUUGGGGAAUAUGACAGAGGAUGACUGGAGAUGGCACAUGUACGACACCGUUAAGGGUUCCGAUUGGUUAGGUGAUCAAGAUGCUAUUCAUUACAUGACUAGAGAAGCUCCCAACACCGUCAUCGAGCUCGAACAUUACGGUGUACCUUUCUCGCGAACCAAAGAAGGCAAGAUCUACCAACGAGCAUUCGGUGGACAGUCCCUCAAGUAUGGAAAAGGUGGACAAGCCUAUCGAUGUGCAGCAGCAGCCGAUCGAACUGGACAUGCCAUCUUACACACCUUGUACGGUCAAUCGUUACGACACAACACCAACUUCUUCAUUGAAUAUUUCGCUUUGGACUUGUUAAUGCAAGACGGUGAAUGUGUCGGAGUGCUCGCGUUAAAUAUGGAAGAUGGAACCCUACACCGAUUCAGAUCCCACAAGACCGUCUUGGCUACAGGUGGAUACGGUCGAGCUUACUUCUCAUGUACUUCCGCCCAUACUUGUUCAGGCGAUGGAAAUGCUAUGGUCGUAAGAGCUGGAUUACCUUUGCAAGAUUUGGAAUUCGUACAGUUCCAUCCUACUGGUAUUUACGGUGCUGGUUGUUUGAUCACUGAGGGUUCCCGAGGUGAAGGUGGAUACUUGCUCAACUCGGAGGGUGAAAGAUUCAUGGAACGAUAUGCCCCUACCGCCAAGGAUUUGGCUUCUAGAGAUGUCGUUUCCCGAUCAAUGACUUUGGAAAUUAGAGAAGGUAGAGGUGUUGGACCCGAAAAGGAUCACAUCUUCUUGCAACUUUCUCACUUGCCUGCUGAGAUUCUACAUGAGAGAUUACCUGGUAUUUCGGAGACUGCUGCUAUCUUCGCUGGUGUAGAUGUCACCAAGGAACCUAUCCCUGUGUUACCCACUGUGCACUACAACAUGGGUGGUAUCCCAACCAAGUACACUGGAGAAGUCAUCACAGUCGACAAAGAUGGAAACGACAAGGUCGUCCCAGGAUUGUACGCCGCCGGAGAAGCAGCCUGUGUGUCAGUACACGGUGCUAACCGAUUAGGUGCCAACUCGUUAUUGGAUAUCGUCGUAUUCGGUCGAGCGUGUGCCAACCACAUCAAAGAGACUUUGGCACCCAACACACCCCACAAACCAUUCAAGGAUGAUUUGGGUAAAGAAUCGAUCGCCAAUUUGGAUAAGAUCAGAAACUCCACGGGACCUAUGUCAACCGCUCAGGUUAGGUUAAACAUGCAGAAGACUAUGCAGACUGAUGCUGCUGUGUUCAGAACCCAAGCUUCCCUUGAUGAAGGUGUGAAGAAGAUGACCGAAGUGUACAAGCAAUACGAUCAAGUUGGUAUCAAGGAUCGAAGUAUGAUCUGGAACUCCGAUCUUAUUGAAACCCUCGAACUCCGAAACAUCCAACAGAACGCUAUCCAGACUGUCGUCUCAGCCGCUGCCAGAAAAGAAUCUCGAGGUGCUCACGCCCGAGAGGAUUUCCCUGAUCGAGAUGACGAAAAAUGGAUGAAACACACUUUGUCAUUCCAACACGACCCUGAAUCACCAAAGGUUGACCUCUCUUAUCGAGGAGUUAUCGCCACGACACUUGACGAAGCUGAAUGUAAACCCGUUCCACCAUUCAAGAGAACUUACUAA